GUAUAAUGUCUCAGGAGUGCAGUUACGGGAGGUGGACAAUAUCCAGCAGCGAUGAGAGUGAGGACGAAAAGCCGAAACUGGACAAGCCAUCCUCGUCUGCUGUCCCUGCUGCUGCACAAAGCACGGUCAGUGAGCCAAAGUACACCUGUUCUGAGGCUCGCAGAGCCGCGCUCAGGAGACAAGCAUCCCCCGUGAGAUACAGCGACCCUGGUUCGGGUCAUCCUCCCAAAGUGCAGAGAAGCGCUUCUCAGGAGGACCUGGGCUGGUGUCUCUCCAGCAGCGAUGACGAGGUCCCACCAGAGUCCCAUCCGAAGCAGGCCAAGAAAGACGUGGGCUGCGAGGACAGAACCAGCCUCUCUCCCCAAGAUGGCACUGCCCAGACAGCUGCAAGUCACAGGCUCAAAGAGGAGGCACAAGACAGGGAUGAGACGUCCGGGGAAGGCCAGGACAUUUGGGACAUGUUGGAUAAAGGGAACCCCUUCCAGUUUUACCUCACUAGAGUCUCGGGAAUCAAGGCCAAGUACAACUCUGGAGCCCUCCACAUCAAGGAUAUUUUAUCUCCUCUGUUUGGGACACUUGUCUCUUCAGCUCAGUUUAACUACUGCUUCGACGUGGACUGGCUCAUCAGACAGUACCCUCCAGAGUUCAGGAGGAAACCGAUCCUGCUGGUACAUGGCGAUAAGCGAGAAGCCAAGGCUCACUUACAUGCGCAGGCCAAGCCGUAUGAAAAUGUUACUCUCUGUCAGGCAAAGUUAGAUAUUGCAUUUGGAACACAUCACACGAAAAUGAUGCUGCUGCGCUAUGAGGAGGGCCUCCGGGUUGUCAUCCACACAUCCAACCUCAUCCGGGAGGACUGGCACCAGAAAACUCAGGGGAUGUGGUUGAGCCCCUUGUACCCACGGCUUAUCCCUGGAACCCACAGAACGGGAGAAUCACCGACACAUUUCAAAGCGGACCUCAUCAGCUACUUGAAGGCUUACAACGCUCCUCCGCUGCAGGAGUGGAUAGACAGCAUCCGUGAGCAUGACCUGUCUGAAACCAACGUUUACCUUAUUGGUUCAACCCCGGGACGCUUUCAAGGAAGUCAGAAAGAUAAUUGGGGACAUUUUAGGCUUAGAAAGCUCCUGAAAGAACAUGCCUCAUCCAUCCCCCAGGCUGAGUCCUGGCCGGUGGUGGGCCAGUUUUCCAGCAUCGGCUCCCUGGGGGCCGACGAGUCCAAGUGGCUCUGCUCCGAGUUUAAGGAGAGCUUGCUGGGCCUGGGGUCACCCAGACAACCCACAGGAACCAGUGCCGCUCCUCUGCAUCUGAUCUAUCCUUCUGUGGAAAACGUGCGGACCAGCUUAGAAGGAUACCCUGCUGGGGGCUCUCUUCCCUAUAGCAUCCAGACAGCCGAGAAACAGAACUGGCUGCAUUCCUAUUUUCACAAAUGGUCCGCCGAGACGUCUGGCCGCAGCAACGCCAUGCCGCAUAUUAAGACCUACAUGAGGCCCUCUCCAGACUUCUGCAGAAUUGCGUGGUUCCUUGUCACAAGCGCCAACCUAUCCAAGGCCGCCUGGGGCGCUCUGGAGAAGAACGGCACGCAGCUGAUGAUCCGCUCCUACGAGCUCGGAGUUCUCUUCCUCCCCACCGCCUUUGGCCUGGACAGCUUCAACGUGAAACGGAAAUUCUUCUCCAGCCACCAGGAGCUGACGGCUCCCUUCCCUGUUCCGUAUGAUCUGCCCCCUGAACUGUAUGGAAGUAAAGAUCGGCCGUGGAUUUGGAACAUCCCUUAUGUCAAAGCUCCAGAUACCCAUGGGAACAUGUGGGUGCCCUCCUGAGCUUCCCCGAGCACUGAAACUCCAUUACCAAGCAUUUGCCUUUGCUCUGGCUGCUCCACCAUGCAAGACUUUAUGCAAAGGUCACUCUUGUGUACGUGGAUGUAUAUUUAAUAGUCUUUAUCAACAAGCUAAGAAGGAAAAAAUUGUUUCUUUGUAAAUUACUUUUAUAUGCUUUGAAAAGAAGCCCAGUAAAAUUCACAGUAUUAAACACAUACAUGGAGACGUUAUUAAAGUUGUCCUUGCAGCGACGUGGGACCCGCAAUGGCCCUGGCCACGUGGUUUCCCUUUGUCUUGUGUUCUUCCUCCCCUAUCUUGAAAGGCUCCCUCUGCUCACCUGGCCCUUGGCAGAGGGGGCAUGUGAAGGAUUGUGGGUGUUGUCAGCCCCACCCUCUUCCCUUUCCUAAGAGGAUCUCCUACGGAUCUGGAUGCACACCUGCACGGGCCACCAUAGUCUGGCAGAUGCUCCCCAGCUCCUGCCGGGAGCAGGCGCUAGGUACGUGACAAGUGACUGUGAACUCUCUCCCACUCCAGCCGCAAAUCACAGCUGGCCUGACAGAGCAGCCAGCAGCCCAGACGCUCCCACCGACCCUGAUGUUAGCAAGCAGGCCUGAGCCCAUGAGUUACAGAGGCCAGACUUCAUUGCCAAUGGAGCAGGCUCCUUUCAAGUGACAGUGUCAGAGGCUUGAGAACUGCGCUGUUCUGCAGGUUCUGUUCAGUUCCCGGACUGGAACCCACCAAUUCUGUGGCCUUGCUGCAUCCGAAGCCUAAGGCAAGAGGAAUC